ACGGUGAAUGUGUAGUGAACUACCUAGCCUUCACGCUUCUCGCGAAACAAUUGACAACAAUAAUAAUAAAAAACAGCGAUAAUAAUAAUAAAAAAAAAUAAUAAUAAAAAAACAACAAAACGUUCAUUUUUCCUUCGAAAAAGGAAAAGAAUCACCAACGAAAAGUGACGAGAUUAUCAGUGAUAACGUUGGAUGAUAUCACGAGACGAUAAAUCGUUUUCAAUCGAGUUUUUUUCCCCCGUGACUGAGGACAAAAUCGAAACAUCGGGAAAAGGAAAAAACAUACCAACCGAGAGACUUUCAAACAGUCGACGAUAAAAAGAGGGAAUGACGGGAAGGUCGAGCGCGAAACAGAGGACGGCCCUGUGUCUGUUGACACUGUUGUUGUUGUUAUUCUUGCGCCUUUCAGCAUCGUCCGUCGUCGGGGAACCAAUCCCGUCCGAGUUCUACGGCAAAACUUCGGACAACGAUUUCAUAUUGCUCAACAAGCUGAAGGAGUUGUUCGAGGAGAAACAAUACGUCGCGGAACGGGAGAAAGAGUUGGACAAGGAACGUAUGAAGAUCCAGUCGAUAAUAAUGGAGGGGAAGGAAUCGGAGACACAAUCGGAUUCGGAAUACUACGCUGAGAAACUACCGACACCGAAUGCCGUGGUUAGACAAGAGCCGCAGCAUUCCGGCAAGCGUACCAUGAUCAGUUAUAUGACGUUGUGCCACUUCAAGAUAUGCAACAUGGGGCGCAAGCGGCAAUUUCACAAGUAAAAAAAACAAGAUAAACGAAAUGGUUGGCGGAUGAUGGGCCAUGGGAUCGAGAAUGGUCGAGCCUCUUGCGCGGUGCACCCUUUGCCUCGAAAGAGACACGCGAAAAGAGGGAACGGAGGAAUUUCCCAUUCCUCGAAUGGAAUUCAUUGGCUUUCCAAAUUCUCCAUUCGAUCAAAAAAAAAAAAAAAAAAAAAAAAAAGAAAAAGAAAAAAAUCCGGCUCCGAUUCGGCGCCUUCCAUGCUCUUUCCAACUCUUUCGAGAAUCCGUUCAAAAAACCACUUAAGGCUCGUCACAUUUGUCACUGUGAAGCGAGGAAAAGUUUGAUGAUCGGCGGGGCCGAUAUUUCGUUACGAUAUAUUUUUCGUUCUCGUAUCGAGGGACGCGAAUGAUCGUCAAUAAUCAUCUUACGAUCGAUUUAUGAGCGAACCCCUGAUCGGCGAAAAGAUAUUGGGGAUACGAGUGAAUGCGUAUAUAUUUCACCAGUAUCGUUUAAUUCGAUCGAGGACACUGCAUUCGCGACUCGACAAUUGUUCUUUUACGUAUUCAAUAUAAUUUAUCGAUAUAAUCAAAAAUAUAUAUAUAUAUAUAUAUAAUUCGAUAUAAUUAAACGCAAUAAAAUUUCUCGACGAUUAAUUCAUAUUCCAGAAUCUGUUCAAAAACGAAACUAAGAGGACGAAAAAGAGAUGAACGAAUGGAAAGAGAGAAAGAAAGAGAGAGAAAACGAAACAAAUUAAAUUUAAAGAGUGGAGUGUCCUCGACGAGCCAUCGAUAGAAAAUCGAAAUGGCGAAUAAGUAUUUAUUCGUUAGGUUUAAGCGAGAAGGGUGCAAGGGCCGAGGCUCAAAUGUUCUCGAAACUGUUUUUAAAGGAAUAUAUAUAUAUAUGUGUGUGUGUGUGUAUGUGUGUACAUAUAUAUAUAUAUAUAUAUAUAUAUAUAUAUACAUAUAUAUACAUAUAUCGAAAAACAAGAAAAUGAGAUUAUCACAGCACGUACAAUUAUAAAAAAAACAUUAUUCUUCUAGUUAGCGAAAAAUUUGUUACGAUAUUCUGCUAUCCGUUUCUUUAUAUGUAUGUUCAAAUUCAAACAUAUUCGUAAAUAAGAAUGUAAACGUUGCUAUAUAUCAAUUAUGAUUUACGACUCUUUUUCCAAUCGCACGCAUUUUGACAAAAUUUAACCGUUCUACCUUUCCUAUCCUACGAUUGUUAUCGGAAUAAAGACGAAUGAUAUUUUUGAUAAAAAAAAAAAAAAGCAACAAGAGGACGAAUAAAAGGAAAAAGAAAUGUACGUCGACGAUCUCAGGAAAAAAAACAGAGACGGAAAAAGAGAGGCCGCCUGCACCCUUCGUUAUAAAUUAUUUAUAAUCGUUUCGGAAAAAGAAACGUACCAUGUUUUUAUCUAGUUAUUUUAUGUGUCCCUUUUUAUUUAUUUAAUCCCGAUAAAUUCGUUACUUUUUUAGUAGCUCUUCAUCCUGAAAAUGCAUCGUCGUUUGCUCCAAAAUAUUUUAUGACUAAGCAUUCUAUCGAUCGUUUUUCUACUAACUUAUUUUUAUUUUUUUUUUAUAAUUUAAAUAUAUUCUACGUGCAUUUAUGCCAAAAUUGUCGUAAAUCAUUUCUUUGUAAAAUCUUAAUCUUCUCUUGUGCUACUAUGAUACAAUGCUACUAUGAUAUUUGAAUUAUGAUAUUUAAAAAUGUAUCUAAAUCUCUUAUCUUCAAGUUUAAUCAAAUUUAACCAUAUGUUUUCGCCUCAAAUCGCGCAAGAUUUAAAGUGGGAAAAAUUAAUAAUUUUUCAUCAUUGUGAUUCCCAAUAACAAUGUAAUACAACAAUAAAAUAAUAGCAACAUAAUAAAAAGCAUAAUUAUAUGAGUAGUAUGUAUAUGUGAACUUAUUAUUUCUAUUGUCUCGAAAUGAAUCAAAACUCCGAAAUUUUUUAAAUAUCGUGACAACGAAUAUUUUUCUCACAAUGAUAAAAAGCGCUCUAUUUUCGAAUCAUAUAUUGGUCAUUAAUGAAUAAAAGUAUAAAAAUA